AAUACCUUGCGCGACUCCGUUCAGUGACUGUGGUUUUUGUAGAAUCUCUCCUGUGAAGGCUCUUCGCUGUUAUACACGUGGGGAGUUUGAACACAUCGCUACCUCGCUAAAGGUUAAGAUCCAACUCCGAGGAUGACGAGUGAGGACGUGGAGCGGCUGUUGAUCCAGUUUCAGGAUGAAGAAGGGGAGGUUUUGGGUUCACCUUUUGAUGUGCCUUUAGACAUCACCCCAGACAAACUACAGCUGGUCUGCAAUGCAUUGCUACAGAAGGAGGAGCCAGUGCCACUGGCAUUUUUUGUGCGCGGAGAGGCUGAGGUGGUGUCCAGCCUGAGAUUGUGUGUGCAGGCUCUUGGGGUUGAGACAGAGCAAGUUCUGCCAGUGGUGUACCAGCCUCAGGCUGUGUUCAGGGUUCGAGCCGUGGCCCGUUGUACCAGCACACUACAGGGACACACAGAAGCCGUCAUCUCGACCGCUUUCAGCCCCACCGGCAAAUACCUUGCGAGCGGGUCAGGUGAUACCACAGUGCGUUUUUGGGACUUGAUGACAGAGACGCCCCACCACACUGCCAAAGGACACACACAUUGGGUACUGAACAUCGCCUGGUCACCCGAUGGCAAGAAGCUGGCUUCAGGGUGCAAGAACAGUCAGAUCUGUUUGUGGGAUCCGGUGACGGGUACACAGUUGGGAAAGACUUUGACUGGACACACCAAGUGGAUCACUUGGCUCAGCUGGGAACCUCUCCAUCUUAACCCAGAGUGUCGGUACUUAGCCAGUAGCUCCAAGGACGGCUCAAUACGUGUCUGGGACACUGUGUUGGGGCGCUGUGAGAAGAUCCUGACUGGACACACUCAGUCAGUCACCUGUGUGAAGUGGGGCGGAGAUGGACUUCUUUACACAUCCUCCCAGGACAGAACAAUCAAAGUCUGGAGAGCCAAAGAUGGUGUCCAGUGCAGGACUCUGCAUGGUCACGCCCACUGGGUGAACACCCUGGCUCUCAGCACAGACUACGUCCUGCGCACUGGAGCUUUUGAACCUGCAACUGCCACGGUCAACCCCCAGGACCUCACUGGAUCAUUGGAAGAGCUGAAGGAGAAAGCUUUGCAGAGAUAUAAUAAAGUUAGAGGUUCAGCUCCAGAGCGCUUGGUGUCGGGAUCCGAUGAUUUCACCUUGUUCAUGUGGAACCCUGCAGAAGACAAGAAGCCUCUGGCUAGGAUGACUGGCCACAGCGCUCUGGUCAAUGAAGUGCUCUUCUCCCCAGACGCCAGGCUCCUUGCCUCUGCUUCAUUCGACAAGUCCAUUAAAAUUUGGGAUGGACGCACAGGAAAGUACUUAACUUCCCUGCGGGGCCAUGUGGCCUCUGUGUAUCAAGUGGCGUGGUCAGCGGACAGCAGGCUGCUGGUCAGUGGCAGCAGUGACAGCACACUUAAAGUUUGGGACAUCAAGACUGGGAAGCUGAACAUGGACCUGCCUGGCCACGCUGAUGAGGUUUAUGCAGUGGACUGGAGUCCAGAUGGACAAAGAGUGGCCAGUGGCGGGAAAGACAAAUGUCUCAGAAUAUGGAGACGAUAGCAACACCUCUGUUCACUUUCCUAACUUUGGCAGAGGAUUUCACAUCUUCUACUAUUAAGACGCCUGGAAGCUGGAGUAAAGGUGGCUACACUAUACCUAAUCCCCCAUUUGGCUUCAUUACACCGUCAGUCAACAGUAGCAUUGUGUCAAGGAGCUCUAAACCAGUCAGGAUGCAAAUGCCCUCUCUAGGUUUUGAAAACCAUGUGGGAAUAUUAACACUGUAAAGGUUUAGCAUGGUGGGAAUGUGAAAUGGGAGAGUUUAUAAUAUUAAGGGCUUCCAUCCAUUGAGAUCAUUCCAAGGAGACGCUACCCUGUUGUUUUUUACACAUCAGUGGUGCUGACAUGUUGUAAGGAACUUUACUCUUAAGUUUAAAGCCUUAUUUAAGGGACACACCCAUCUGCAGAAACCCUCAAACAAUGUCAUGUAUUUAAAUAUAAAUACAUAACUUUAAUACAUAAUGAAAUGAGAUGCAUGCAUAGACAUUAAAAAGAGAUUUGACUUUACUAGGUGAAUAUAUGUACUGCAGGUGACAGGUGGACCAGUGAGACAACAGGUGGGAGUGUUUUAAUACCAUCCUCUGUGAUGUUAAUGCCGACCGCUCGCCCUGUAUCUUCAGCCUUUAAUCUCCUCUGUCCUGCGCUCGGCAAAGCCUCAGCCUGCUGAUUGUUCUGACACUGCGGGGAGGCAAAGUGGCACCAGCUCUUUACUCUCUGGUCCUCCAUCCCACUGAGGAAAAACCAGACUCACCAUUACAGUUAGAAUAACCGUUUUUACUUUCUGUAUUUAACCGGCUUUUGUGAAUAUUUGAUAUGAAUAAAUGUUUACAUCACAACUUUAA